AUGGGAUUUAGUAAUCAUAAAUUAGAGUAUUUUUCAUUAUUUGUACUAUCAGGAACAUCUUUAGCAUUAGUACUAGUAUUAGUAUUAAUUGAAGGUAUUUCUAAUAUUGCACGUAGUAUAAGUUUAGGUUUAAGAUUAGGUGCUAAUAUCUUAUCAGGUCACUUAUUAUUAACUAUAUUAUGUGGUUUAUUAUUCGAUUUUAUGGCAUCUUCAAUUAUAUUAUUUAUAAUUGGAUUUAUACUAUUAGCUAUUUUAUUAGGUAUAGUAGCUUUAGAAUUUGCCGUAGCUGGAAUACAAGCCUAUGUAUUCUGUAUUUUAACAUGUAGUUAUAUUAAAGAUGCAGUAUACUUACACUAA